AUGCCAUCUCUGCAAAAGAUCAACGCCAUCUUCGGUCUCAUCGGCUCGGGCCAGGUAAAAGAGUUCUUCGAGCACAUUGCAGAUGAUGUAGAAUGGACUGUCAAGGGCACAUACUGCCCUAUUUCCGGCCACUAUACUUCAAAGCAAGCCUUUCACGACGGUACUCACGCGCUGUCAUCUACAUGGGCUACACCACUCAAGCUUGUCGUUCAAGAUAUCAUCCACGAUGGGGGCAACAAAGCUGCAGUGCAGCUAAAAGCUGUGGAUGUUGAGUGCAAAAACGGCCUGAAGUUUACAAACGAAUAUGUCUGGAUUUGUCAUUUCGAUGACCGAGACAUGAUUGUCAAGCUCAUCGCUUUCAUGGAUACAGACUUGGUCACGAAAGCGAUUGAGCAAAAUCCAUCUUAG